AUGAAGAAAGCUAUGAAGCGAACAGCAUACGGUCCGGCCUACCCAACUUUGUUCGGUAGUCCGAUUCCGACAACGAAAUCGAACAUUACAGCAAUCGCGGCAACAAGCUCAAGAGGCGAGCUCUAUUUGCGCACCAGGGCCAGCUUGUACCUCCUUCUGGCCCCGAAGUCUACAAAGAGGCAAGAGGUUGAGUACGCCGGCCAGCAGCGCUACAUCAUUCAUCGCAAUGCUCCCAUUGUCGACGAUGAGGGCUACGAGGUCGAGAGUGACGACGACGACGAGCGCGCCCAGGACGCUAUCGCCGCCGCCGCCGAGUUCGACCCUUACAACAACGUCCGCCUUGAACAACUGCUCGCGCCCCUCACAGCUUCGACCGAUCUUCCGACACAUCCUACCAUUUCAAAACCCUUCGUCUCAAAAACUCUUACUGGCCUCGCGGAUCAGAGCUGCGACAUCAUGCGGAAGGAAAACAAAUCUCUGUGGCGAAUCAAGCACCUCUUUACCAGGCUCGUUGGCGACCACACAUGGGCCCCCUGCGAAUUGAUGCUCGGCUCGGACGAUGUUGGCCUGUUUGCGAACGACCAUUUUGCUCCCCUCCGAGCCCAACAAAUUCAGGAGGUAGCUGUCGCACAAAAUGCCAGCGAGCCCGGAGCUGCUGUUGCCAACGACGAAACAAUACUGAGCAAGACUCUCGAUAGCCACGAGAGGUCUGCAGGCGGCGAUCAGACGGGAGACCUGACAACAGCAGGAACAGGGGAGGGGGAUGUCUCAAUGGUUGAUCCGGAUGAAACGAUUACGGAGAACCCACAAGACACCAAGGACGAUUUAGAGCCGGUGCCUCAGACGGACGACAAACCCGAGCCGGACGCCGCAGUCGCGAUAACAAACGGAGAUGGUGCAGUGCCGAACCGCGCAGGGGAUCCGCCAGUUGUGCAAAAGCCCUCGGGCGAGAACAGCGAGCACGUCAACGGCACUGGCACUGGCAAUGGCAAUGAACCAGCGCCCACCACAAAUGGCCAUUUAGACGCACAUGCAGAUGGGCCUCCGAGAACUUCGCUGCCGCAUUCUGGACUCACGGUUAAAGCCAACAAUGGCAGUGAAGCUAUGUCUGUGGUGUCAGAACUUCUCGAGGAAAUCUUCAUUCACCCACUCUACCAGUCACCAGCCAAUGCCGAGCCGGAUCGAGGAGGCCUUUCUGUGGACGAGGCCAACGAUAUGCGACAGCUCGUCGCACUUUAUGUGCAGAAACAGGAAGAGGUCUGCCGGGGAGCGGAGAAGUUGCACGAAGGUCUCCUGAAGGCCGACCGACUACGCAAAACCGUGCUUCAGUGGUCCAAGGCGGAGGCCCACUGUGGGCCAAAUCGUGAUAUGUCUGAUGGCGAGGACUGGUAUGACAAGGAGGAGUGGGGAUUGACGGAAGACUUGAAGAAGGGUCAGGACGAGGAAGAGGAGGAGACUGGCACGUCGACGAAGAAGACCAGAAACCGAAGGUAG